UAAGGGUUAAACUGAGUCGGACAUGACACUGAAAUACGAUACAGUUCCUAAUGAAUUAGCCUGGCUGUGGCUGAGACCUAGUUUGCCUGCCUGUUUGUUUCAACUCUGAUUUCUACAGGUGACUAUUGAUGUCGUCAUAAAUAUCGGGACGAGUGAAGUUGGUGUCACUGUAAAGGGGGAAAAAAAAAGCUCACGCGCCUGUUCCUGUGUCGUACAGUCCUGUAUUAAGGGCACUGCGUCAUGGCGACGGCGGCGAAAAAGUUACGCAUUUCCUAAUGGGAGUUUAAGGAAAAUCGCUCUGGCUGGCAGCGGAUACAUGUUAUGGUGGAUUACAGUGUUUCAGAUGUACCAGAGGCCCUAGCCUCAAAGAGAAGUGGCCCUUUUAAAAUGGAGGAGCUGGCUCUAAUAGCUUCGCUGGAGUGUCCUCUGUGUUUGGAGCAGCUGGAUGUGUCAGCCAAGGUCCUGCCCUGCCAGCACACUUUCUGUAUGACCUGCCUGCAGAGGCAGGAGACAGCCCACUCCCAGCUGCUCUGUCCAGAGUGUCGUGCCCCUGUCCCAGCCAGGACAGUGGAGGAGCUUCCCACAAACCUCCUGCUAGUGCGGCUCCUGGAGGGGCUCCAGGGUUCCGCGGGGCCCGGCGACAACAGACAGACAGGCCGAUAUGCAGUGCCCUUGGCCAGGGGCAGCUUGACAGUCAGGGAGGGUCGGCAGCAGCAGGAGAAUCAACACAGAGAGACGCAAGGGCACAGUGAGCUUGCUGUCAGAGCUUCGAUGCGAAACCAACGAGGUGAUGCAUCAGGAGAGCCGGUCCUCAUGCCUGGUAACAGUAUCACCCCGAAACACAAAGUAGAUGAGAACUGGCUACAAGGCGAAGCCGGUGACAGCGGCGGUGUGUCUGUCACUGCCAACGCACUGCAGGCCGUCAGCCAGAUGCCCCAGCUGCAGCCCCUCCAGCAGCACCAACCGCCGGCUCUCUGCAGGGCGCUGUGCAACUUUAAUCCAGAAGAAAUGAAUCUGGAAGACAGUAAAUAUUGUCUCAGCUUCCUCAAGGGAGACAUCCUUACUGUCAUCAGACGGGUGGAUGAACACUGGAUUGAAGCCAAGCUUGGGGACAAAGUCGGAAUUUGCCCUCAGCAGUUUACAGAGCCAAACUCAGUGGCUGCCAAACUGCUAGAGGGAAAGAGUCGGAGGGCGAGUGACUCAGCAGAAUUUCACCAUCGGAGUGGGAGCGGGGGCAAAGACAAGGCCACUGACGCAUCCAAUAGGACCACCCAUUACGGAGUCCCUCAAGUCCUGGCUAAGACACCCAUCAUCAAUGCUUUGCCCCUCUCCAGCCAGCGGAAACAGCCCGCAGUCAGCAGCAGCAACUUUCAUCAGACGACCAAAGGAGAGACGACCAACAUCAGCACCAUCAACGGCUUCAACCGUCAGGGUCAGCCACACCGCCUCUCUGUGCCCUCUGCCGCUCAGGGCCGCUCUCACCACUCCAGAGUGAACUCCCAUCGAGUCAAACGCCACUUUGACAGCAAGCACAGACACCUGUUACAGAGUGAGAAAAAGAUGACCAGUGAGACUCCACCCACCAUCUCCAUGGCUCUGGUGAACCCCCAAAUGUCUUCUGCCUCUGCAGAGAGCAAAAACUCCUCCACACAGCAGCUUUCCAUCAGUGUGUGUGCUGUCAUGUACACCUACAAACCACGACGGCCAGAGGAGCUGGAGCUGAGGAAAGGAGAGAUGGUGGGAGUGUACGGAAAGUUCAAAGAAGGCUGGCUGCGUGGGUUAUCGCUCAGAACGGGCAAAGUGGGUAUUUUGCCCAGCAACUACAUCACGCCUGUGCUCAGAACCUCGGCCAGACUCCUGGAGACCAAAGCCGCUAACACGUCCUCACAGUACAACACGGUAGCAGGAAAGAAACCCUCUGCUGCCAAGAAUCCUGCUGUGGUCCUCGCUCUUGACAGGGUGAAUGCUGAUGGAGCAAUAUACUCAACAGGACAUGUCCCAUCUGUGCCAAAUGGAGCACAGCAUGCAAUGUCAUCCACUGGCGCUGGAAAACCGUCCUUCUAUGGGAGUUCACAGGGUUGGGACACUGUGAGGCGUGUAUUUAACCCUCAUAGAGCCUCAAACCAUUUCUCCCAUCCGUCCACUCUGAACGUCCCGUCCAACUCACAGAACUUUGCACAAGUUCAGGCAUCUGGCUAUUCGCCUGCCAUGCAGAGGAAGAAAAACAGCAGCAUCCUGUCCAACUCCGGCCGGCUGCUGGGCUGGAUGACUGAGCCAGCAGCACCCUCUGCUGCUGCAGUCCAGAAAGACAGGGACUUCACCGCUUUACAUGAGGCAGCGUUUCAGCAUGACAGAAACGGGCCUCAGUCGAUUCUAGUCAGACCUGAUUCAUACAAGAACAACACAGACAAGCCUGCAAAGUCAGUGCGGUUCCUCACAGAUGAAGACUCCCCUCCCCCAAGGCCACGGACAUCCUCCUGGUCCUCAGGAAAUCAGGUCCCCUCUAACUCCCGACCGGGUCCCCCUCCGUUAGAAGUUUGGGCCCCAUCGCUCACCCUGGGAAGAGAUGGACCGGGGAUCAUUCUCAAAGAAGGAAAAGCUCCCAUUCUCAGGAAAGGCCUCGAAACAGCCGUCUCAGACCUAAAUUCUAACCCACAAAAACUCAUGUUGUCACAGCCGUCGCUAUCAGCUGUAUCAGCUCAGUUCAGCCCCAGCAGACACAGGGUGACCACAACACAUUUAGCCCAGACGGACUCAGAGCUCAGUCUGCUCCAAGGAGAGCUCGUCCUCGUCCACAGACCUCGACCCGAUGGACGGGUUCUGGUUACUCAGGAGAGCAGUGGGCAGACAGGCUUAUUCCACAGCAGUGUUCUUCAGUCGCUCGAGAGGCUCAGCUGACUGUGUAGUCCCACUGUAGUGGUGUAUAUUUCUAUAUUCAUUGUGUUCAAACUGCCAAAUAACUUGUAAUAAUAAUGACUGACCUGCUGAACAUCAGGGGGUUCAAAGGUCCAAAGGUUAAUACUGCCAAAAUGACAAUUCCAUGAAGGAGGUGUUUUGUGAGUUUGGCUGAGUGCCAUUUUGAGAGUGUGGUUAAAUUCUCCAGAGAUAUAUUUUGCGUGUGUGCAUGUUUGUGACACAUGAACUAUUAUAAAAUUUUGCACAAAAACCCACCUAAUGACUGUUCCUUGUUUAAUACCCAUGUUACACACAUUGGUGAGUGCCUUUGUCAAAACCCACAAAGACAGCAAACUAUAUUUAAAUAUAUUUAGAGAAAUUAUAAUGUAAGAUAUCUGUACGGCUUAUGUGGUAAUAAAUUGUACUUCCAGAA